AUGGCUAGUGGCUAUUCGUCGCUCGGCGUUAUCCGGCGUGCUUCGGUGGCCCCCCCAAUACCCAGGUGUUCGGCGCUUAGUCCGUUGAGGCACCAGCUCCCUAUAACAGGUUCUAGCGACCUGGCACACAUCCUCGAGCUCUCUCCGCUGGACACUUCGGCGUCGACCGUCGUUCUUCGUGGUCGCCUGAUCACUAUUCGCCUAGACCAAACCCCCGGCUACGCUGCUGUCUCGUACGUUUGGGGUCUUCCGGAGUACACGCACUCAAUUACCCUCAACGACUCAUACACGUUGCCUAUCACGGAGAUACUAUUCGGCGCGCUUAGAGAACUUUCUUUGGACGAAGCAAACGCUGGAGGGCUGUCAUUAUGGAUCGACCAAGUCUGCAUCAAUCAGACAGACGACUCUGAAAAGACUUCCCAGGUUCAUAUGAUGUCGAGAAUUUUCAGCCAGGCAAGACUCGUAAUCGGAUGGUUAGGCCCAGCCGACUCUGAUAGUAACGAGGCCAUGGAUCUUUUCCGAUACUUCUCUCUCAACUCGUCAGAACCAGAAAAGGCAACACUGGGCCAGGCUUUGUGUCGCAGGUUGAAGCUGGAGUGGACGACUGGUCAAGAAGACCAUUCUGUGAAUCCCCUUGAAUAUGAGAGAAACAGCGCCGGGCUCGCCUGCGUGGGGCUUCUUUACCGACCAUGGUUCAAGAGGCUCUGGGUUAUUCAGGAGCUAGUUCUGGCGGAUAAGGUCCAACUUCGCUGCGGCUCUGCAACACUAUCCGACAGCGAAUUCUUCAGGGCGCUAAAAUCACCUGAGUGGAAAGCCCGGAACAGCGUUGGAUCUCUUCAAAGCCCUUGA